GAGGGGAAUGGAGCAAACUCCUCUCCCUCAGCCAGCCCGAGUGGCGCUCUCUCUGCCCGUGGGGUGGGAGGAGAGGUGGCAGAGAGAUAAGGAGCAGUGGAGGAGUGCGAUGGAGGAGGGGGGUGAGAGAAUAGAGGAGGAGGAGAGGAAGCUGAGGUGGAUAGUGGCGUAUAACAACCGUAGGAUGGGAGCUAAGGUGAGGAGCGAGGAAGAGCAGGAUAAGGAGGAGGAGGAGGAGGAAGAGCGGCUGUACCCCAGCCGCAGUCACCCCAGCGAGGUCUUCCUCUCCCUGGAGCUGCUGAGGUCCUCCGCUCUCCUGACUGACCUCACCCUGAGCACCGCGGCGGGGGGAGCUCUGCUCACACACUCCCCCGUCAUCGCCUCCGUCUGCACGCGCAUCCAGGAGCGGCUCCAGGAGCAGGGCCCCGUCUCACCCAGGGAGGGCCCACUGAGGGAGGGCCCACCGAGGGAGGGCCCACCGAGGGAGGGCCCACUGAGGGAGGGCCCACUGAGGGAGGGCCCAGAGAGAGAGGGCCCACCGAGGGAGGGCCCACAGAUGGAGGGCCCAGAGAGAGAGGGCCCACAGAGGGAGGGCCCACUGAGGGAGGGCCCACAGAGGGAGGGCCCACAGACAGAGGGCCCAGAGAGGGAGCUCUCCAUCAGUCUGGGUGGGGAUGUGGAACAGUCCGGGCUGGCUGCGGUGGUGGAGUUUGCCUACACUGGCGGCAUCACUGGGCUGAACCGCCAGUCCACUGCACGGGUUCGAGCAGCUGCCGUCGCACUGGGAGCCCACAGGGUCCUACAGCUCUGCACUGAGGAAGAGGAGGGGAGGGCGGAGGUAGGAGGGAGGGAGGACGAGAGGAAGAGGCGGGAGUUGGAGGUGAGCCUGGAUUGUAUCAGGCAGCUGUGGGAGGAGCAGGUGGGCUGUGACGUGGAGCUGCUGGUGGAGGGAAAGGCUUUCCCCGCCCACCGGGUGGUCCUGGCAGCCUGCAGCGAUUACUUCCGGGGCAUGUUCUGCAGCGGGAUGCGGGAGUCUCGGCAGGGCCAGGUGGAGCUGUGGUGCCAGGAGGGGGCGCAGUUUGGGGAGCUGCUGAGCUGCUGCUACACGGGGCGGCUGCGUCUGGGCUGGGCGGGCGUGUUUGAGCGGGCCUGCGCCGCCCUGCAGCUGCAGCUGCGCCCCGCCCUGCCGCUCUGCAUGCACUUCCUGCGCGGUCACAUGGACGCCCACUCCUGCCUGGACGUGGCCGCCUUCGCCGAGGCUUAUGGGAUACGCGACCUGCAGGAGGAGGCCGAGGACUUCCUCCUCAGCCGCUUCCAGGAAGUAGCGGCCACGCCCAAGUUCCUGGACCUCCCGGCGGGGCGGGUCCGGGCGGUGCUGAGCAGCGAUGCGCUGGCCGUGUCCUCGGAGCUCGCCGUGUUCCGCGCGGCGGUGGCCUGGCUCCAGGCGGACCCCGCGCGGCUGCCCGCGGCCGCAGACAUCAUGGCCGCCGUGCGUUUCCCGCUCAUGACCUUCCGAGAGUUCCGGGAGGUGCGGGCUGUGGAGCUGCAGAUGGAGGUGGGCGGGGCCAGCGGGUCAGAGGGGGUGGAGCUCUACGGCGUGUCCUUCUCCAGGUUUGGGUUUGCGUCCACGGACUCACGGGAGGUGUGCAGGGUGAGGCACCCCGGGCAGACGCUGGUUCUGGUCGGGGGGGACUCGCUGGACCUGGACUCGGGCAGGAGACAGCCCAGCCGACAGCUGUGGUUCGCCCAUGCCCUGCGCAACCACACUGGCCUGGUGAAGGAUGUGGAAUGGAGGCUUCUGGGAGAAAUGCCUGACCCCCCCAGAUUCCGGCAUGGGCUGGGGGUUCUCGGGGGCCAGCUGUAUGUGUUUGGGGGAUGCCACUUCUACACCAAGUCCGACACCCUAAAAUCGGCCUACAGGUAUGACCCACAGCAGGACCAGUGGCAGAGGCUCGCAGACAUGCAGGAAAACAGGAGCAACUUCUCAUUGGUGGAGAGAGAGGGGCGUUUCUACGCCAUUGGAGGAGACCGAGACAUCAACAACAACAUGGACAGCGUGACGUGUUACUGCCCCGACACGGACUCCUGGAGCCUGGCCCACCCCCUGCAGGCACCCCUGAGUGGCCACGCGGCGGUGCUGUGGGAGGGGCAGAUCUUUGUUUCGGGGGGGUUUGACUGCAGGUACCGGUGCCUGGAGGCCCUGUUCCUGUACCACCCGGAGCGGGGCAGCCGUGCGCUGUGUGGCAUGGAGGGGGACCGCGCCCUGCACUGCAUGGAGAGGCUGGGGGGCCGGCUGUACGUGGCGGGGGGGGUGUGCAACCUGCGCAGCUUCUACAGCGACCAGCUGGCCUGCGAGGCCUACGACCCCCAGAGCGACUCCUGGACCGGCCUGCCCCCCCUGCCGCUGCCCCACGCGGGGGCCGGCUCGGCCGUGCUGGAGGGCCGACUGUACCUGCUGGGGGGGUACUGCCAGGAGGACGAGACCGACACCUGCCUGGUGCACAGGUUCCACCCCCCCUCCUACAGCUGGGAGUGUGUGGGGCGCAUGCCCGGCCCCAACACCGACAUACGGGCCUGCCUAUGCACCCUGCCCGCCCACCUACACCACUGACCCCAACACUGCCCGCCCACCUACGCCACUGACCCCAACACUGCCCCCCACCUACACUAAUGACCCCCACCUACACCACUGACCCCAACACUGCCCGCCCACCUACACUAAUGACCCCAACACUGCCCCCCACCUACACUAAUGACCCCCACCUACGCCACUGACCCCAACACUGCCCCCCACCUACACCACUGACCCCAACACUGCCCCCCACCUACACCACUGACCCCAACACUGCCCCCCACCUACACCACUGACCCCAACACUGCCCCCCACCUACGCCAC